CAGAAGUCACGUCAUUCAAAAAUAUUUUCGCUUGGUUUGGUGAUCAAAAAAAUAUAAUUUAUCAAUAAAAUCUUGAGAUAACAUUUUGCAAAACCAAUGAAUACGAUUUGAAAUACACGAUGAAGAUAACUAUAAAAAAAUUGCAAGGCGGUGAAUGUACUUUGGAGGUUCUACCAACAACAUGUAUCUCUGAAAUCAAACGACAAAUAUCAGAAAAGCUGAAAAUUCCUGUCGAGGAACAAAAGCUCUUACUACUUGGGCGAACGUUAACCGAUGAACAAACUGUACAGUCUUAUCCAACAAUAAAAGAUGGUUCAAAACUUAAUCUAGUUGUUAAGAAACCAGAUGGUUUAUAUGAGGCAUCGAUUAAAUAUUUCAAGAAACUGGGAAUGUCGGAUGCUGAAGCAGUUAACAAGGCGCAUCGUCUCCUAAAAGUAGUACAGGAUAAGUUCAAUAAAUUAUCUUGGGACGACAUUGACAGGUUAUCAAUGGACUGUCUGUUGGAUGAAAGGGGAUGCCGCCCGAUGGUGCAACGGGAUCUAGAUAACAAUGACAUGUUCAGCUUGUGACACUGCUACUAUAGGUCACAUGCCUAUCUGUAUCAGUAAUACGAAUUUAAAAAUAAAUUUUUGAUGAAUUAACAAACAUUCUAUUAAGCAAAACUUUUAAGCUUUUUCUUGUUGUUUUCAAUUUAAAUAAGUGUGCAAUUAAUAAAUGAUAAAAUUCAUUAACAUACUCCCUUAGUUUCCUAUAGGCAAACAAGACAGUAGAGUAUAAUGGAAAGCAAUGCUCCUUUUAUUUAAUCAAAAUGACACCUCUAAUUUUGAUCACCUGAUAUGUAUUUAUAUUGUUUGUAAUCUUUACGCUUUCAUGUUCAUUUGUGUAGUGAUGGUUGUUUUACUUUAAGUGUGGUGUAAAUAUUUUUCAUGUCCUUUCAUUAGUAUAA